AUGGCCACUCUGAAGGAAAAGAGGACUUGCGGGCAGCGGUGUGAAGACUUCGGCCACUUUGUCUGGAACUCGGAAAAUGGGACGUUUAUGGGAAGAACGCCAGAGAAAUGGGUGUACAUAAGUCUGUACUAUGUGGCCUUCUACGUCAUCAUGACGGGGCUCUUUUCUUUGGGGAUCUGGGUCCUCAUGUACACCAUCAGUCCCUACAAACCUGACUACCAAGAUCGACUAACAUCACCAGGGGUGAUGGUGUGGCCGGACACAUACGGAGAGGAAGACGUUGAAAUCUCCUACAACACGUCAGACAAGGCCAGCUGUAUGGCAAUGGCCAACAUCCUUCACGACUUCCUGAAGCCCUACAAUGACACCAAGCAGCUGGAAUGCAACAACUACAACUGCACCAAGGGGAAGUACUUCAUCCAGAAGACCUUCUCUGCCCCCCACCACACCAAGUGGGCUUGCCCCUUCACACAGAGCAUGCUGGGACCCUGCUCUGGAAUUGAGGAUCCGACUUUUGGCUACAACAGCACCAUGCCUUGUGUCGUCAUGAAGAUGAACAGGAUCAUUGACUUUUUGCCUUCUAAUAACACCGCUCUGCCCCCAUAUGUGAACUGCACCAUACUGGAUGGAGAGGACAGUGUGGCGAAAAUAGAGUAUUUCCCACACGGUGGAAUUAUGGAUCCCUCCUACUUCCCAUACUACGGAAAGCUAGCACAGCCUACUUAUGUCAACCCACUGGUGGCCGUUCGGUUCAGCCUGGUCGGAGAGAAGAAAGCCAAGAUCCAGUGCAGAGUGGUGUCUGAAAAGAUCAGCUACGAAAACAUCCACGACCCCUAUGAGGGAAAAGUCAUCUUUUACCUCAAAGCAGUGAAAUGAACCAAGUCAGAUAGUCACACAGUACCACUACUCACCUGCUACUACCAUAUAUCUGGAUCAGUAGGGAUACUUAUCAAACCACCUUUAAGCCACUUGUAUUCAACUUAAG